AGUAGAGCGAUAAUGAGCUCAUAAGAAAUUCAGCUCAUUUCGAUUCAAAGGUGUCGAUAGCACAAAACUUGGGUCUUUGAACAAAAUACUACAACAUGAGGACUGUUGUACUUGUCGUGUUCUUUGCAUGCUUGGGGCUAGCUUUAGCAGCAGAAAAGCCCGCAAAGGGACCAGAACCCAGAGAGCCAGAGUCUGCCAGUCAGGACAAAGAAAGCAGGGACGACGAGAGAGCAGAUGAAGAUGGCGAUGAUUCAGGAAUGGCAAGCGGUGAUGAUGAUGACGAUGAUGAAGAGAAUCCUGCCAUUGCAUCAGGAAUGCAGCCAAAGCCGUAUCCGGGAUUUGGAGGACCAAUGAAGAUUACUCCUAUGGAGCCGAGCAUAAAUGAUGCCAGACCGACAAACCGGAAGUGCUACUUUUGUUUUCCAAGAGGCAAACUAGGCCGUGUUGAGAUUACCGGUGCCGGCGGACCUUACCUGAUGAACUCGUUCAUGCCCGGAGGCAUGCCACCACCAAUGAUGUUCCCAUCCAUGUUCUACCCACAAUGCCCCGGGGGCUGCGGACCUGGAUGUUGCGGCGGCUGUAAUGGUUGCUGUAACAACAUGCCUUUUCCAAUUAUCUGCAUUAUCCUUUGCAUGGGAACACCCCCUUAUUCCACGUCUGAUACAAAGAGAAACCCGACAAAAAGCAACCAGUCUACCAAGCGUAAAGCCCCCCGCGAAACCGCCCAACAAACAACCACAAAUCCUUUCGAAACUCCCAAGCAACCAACGACGAUGACUCCACCAACGACAUUUACUGAAGCUACAAAGUUUACUCAACCGACAAAAUGGACAACGGCUAGUCCUCCAACUACAAAGACACUUCCAACAACCUUUACCACUAAAGCUACAGCAAGCAAGCCGGUGACAUAUACUAACCCGACUACGUUUACGACACCGACAACAGCGACCUUUCCUACAUUUCCCCAAGGAUUCCCUUUUGAUGGUUCAAAGCGCUCUAAGCAAUAGAAAGUUAAGAUGAAGAAAGAGAAAGGUGCAAGCAAAGACAAGAAAGCGGAGGACGAGCCUCAGGAUGACUUUAACCCAAACAACGAAGAGGUAAAAACCACCACCACCAAGCAAAAGACCCGCGCCGACAAGAAGCCCAUCCCUGCAAACCAGCUGCCCAAACUUGAACCUGUCAAGGAAUAAAGGGCUAGGUGCUAGCGGAUAGUUUGAGCAGAGAAAAUGACAAACAGCCUAGAUCCUGCUAGGAAAUUUCUCACGAAAACACGUAUCAUGCUUAAUAAAAUCUAAAAAAUUGGU